AUAUUUUUAGUUUAUUCUUUAUAAAAUAAUAAGGUAUAACAAAAUUUCAUUAAAAAUAUAAAGAAAGAACACUGUAGUUUUUAAAUAAGUAUUAAAGCUUUUGUUUGUUUAUUUUAAAAGAUAAAGACUAUGUAAAUGAGGUUGUUGUCAUUUAAGUAAUAGAUCAUUGAAAAGUUUAAGUCCUCCUCAGAAGUAUUUUAUAAUUAUUUAACUUUAAGAUACUUGAAUAGUUAAAUGGAGGAAGAGUUCUAUCAAGAAGAAUCAAGGGCAAGAAUUAGACAAGUAGGCGUCGUCAUGAUAUACUAAGUACUUAUGAAUAUAAUAUACAUCAUCGGAGACUUUUAAUAUCUUUUUUUAGGCAACAUUUUUUUUUGUAUAAUACUGUUUGCAAUUUGCUUCUACUUUCGAAAGAUUCACAAGUAUAUUUAUACAAUGGCUUUUAUCUAUAUCUCAUAUGCUCAUACAAAAUUCCUAGUUUCAGAUAAUAUUUCUAAAUAUACCUUAUUUAGUAAUGGUCAAAUUUUUGUACUUUAUUACACUGUUUCUCCAAGUGAUUUUAUAGUAUAAAUGCUUGCAAUUAUUUUUGGACAAGUAUGGGUUACAUAUAAAUUAGCUGAUGAGUGGUUAGACGCUGUAAGGUAAACACUAUGGACGUUGACAUUUAUGUUGUUUAUAAGGGUUUAGUAUAUCGAGAAGAAAACAUCUUACUUUAUGCAAUAAAAGUAGUUUAAAGUCGAUUAGAUCAUUAAAAACAAUAUAUUUUAACAGAUUUUAAUUACUUCUUUUGACAGUCGCACUAACUUAAUGAAUGUCUAUGAAAAAAAUGAAUAGAUGGAUCAAAUAUUAGAUGGUUAAAAAAACUAAAUAAAUUUGAAGAAAUGCCUCGAGACUUUUGAAAUAAUUAAAGCAAGUAAAGAUGCUGAAGUAAAAGGCAAUCUAUACAAAUAUUUACAAAAAAAACAUUUUAUAAUGCAGAAUAAAAGUAAAGAUAGGUUCAAGAAAAAAGAAUUUAAUAUAUAAAGCCAAUUAAAUAUACCUCUUUAAAAAACAAAAAAUACAUCUUUCAGCGCAUUAAAUUCAUAAAAAAACUUAAAGGUAGAAUCAAAGAGAGAAACUGUUACAUAGAAAAAUAUGAAUGAGUAACUUGAGCAUGAAUUUUUAUAUUUGAUGCACAAUGAACAAACAUAUAAAGCUCGAAUUUAAGAGGUUUACUUAGAUCAACCUUUGCUCAUGAUUAUUUUUGAAAAUUAAGAAAUAGUAAAAAAUAAUACCAAGCUAAAAAAAUAGUUAGAAGUCUCAAACAGUGUUUUAUUGAAUUUUUUUUAAGAAGUCAACUCUAAAUGUAACACUUUGAGAAGCCUCAUUUUCAACAAUGACAUAUUUAACUCAAAGUUUUUAUUUCAGCUGCUCCAGAAUAAUAUUUACAGUAUACAACAGUAUCUUCGAAAGAGAGGGAACAAUGCUCAGCAAAAAGUAAAUAGCAAUAGUGCAAGUUUAUCUUAAAUAAAUAAUUUAGAGAACCCUAUCUCUGCACCUCUUUAAAUGCAAAAUCUAAAAAAAUAAAUAUUAAAAUUUGAAUGUUGCUCUGACACUUAGAAUGUACAUAUGUCAGUUGAUAUUUCCAAUCUAUUUAAAAAUAAUUUUCAUCAUAACUUAAAAAAAUAAAAUAAAUGUAAUGGAAUAAAUGGCUAAGCUCACUAAGCUCAAAGAGAUAAAUAAAAAAAAAGACAUAGUAGUUUUGAUUAAAACUCUUCAAGCUUUUAAGAUGAUGUAAAGUUAAAUUGUGAUGGUAAACACUCAUUUACUUAGUAAGCUCAUUCUAAUUCAGAUGAAAUGUUUUCUAUAUCUAAACUAGAAAUGUUGGAAGAAUAAAACUAAAUUGACUAUAUUGAUAGAGUUAAAAUUGACGAUAAUUAUAACUUUCAAAACAUUUAAAAGAAUAGCAUGAGUUAGCUCAAAUCAGUUUAAUAGAUUUAAAAUGAAUUGAAAUUAUAAUUACAAAUUCAAAAUGCAAGUUAAAAAUAAUAAUAAUAAAUAAAUAAUAAUAAUUUAAACAAAAUAUAACAAUUUUAAAACAAAUCUUUUAAUACCUAAAAAAUAGAUUAAAACAAGAUACUCAAUACAAAUGAAAAUAAAAUAUAAUUUGAUAGUUUUAAUUAGAACAAUAUCAAAAAUAAUUUUAACAAUAUAAACAAUAAUGCAUCAGUUAUGGCAACAAAUAUCACAUAAAAUAAUACAUUUAUACUUAAUGUUAGCAAUAAUAUCUUUAUUAAUUAGAGCAGCAUGGAUAACAAUAAAAAUAAUCUGAAUGACGAAUAAUUUAAUAUGAAAUCUAUUGAAGGUAAAAAUGGAUAAUAAAUAGAUAAUAUUGCAUCUAAAUUUAAUUCUAAUUUCCCUUCUUCAGUAAAUUUUUCAAAUGUAUAGUUAAAUAAUUAGCCUGUAUCAUAGAAUUUAGAAUAAAACCAAGUAAAAGCAACAGAUAACAAUUUAAACUUUAAAAGCUCAAUGCAUAAAAUAAGAAGUAAUAAUCGACACCUAACAUAGGAUUUAUUUAGGGGAAAUAUAAGAUUAUUUAAUUUCUAAGAAAUAUUAGAGGAAAUUAAAAUUUUUCAAAGCCAAAUUAACAUAAAAUAUGAUUAAGAAGUCGCUCAUAGUAAAUUUUAGAGUGAUAAAGACAUGAUUAUUUAUGUUUUAAGGUCGUUCUUAAGUAGUAUUUUAGUAAUUAACAAUUAUAGAAGAAAUUAAAUAAAUUAAUUAAAAUUAAAUUUGUAAAAUAGUUUAAAUUCUCCUAAUUUUAAUUAAAUUAAUCAAGUCAUUUAAUUAAACACUUAAAAACCCACUUUAGAUUAAAAUAAUUCUAAUGAUAAAACUUAUGAAGCUCCUUUACAGAAUGGUUAAUAACUCACAGAAUCAUGCUAUUCUUACAAUUUGCAAAAUCUAUUUUUAGAAGAACCUGUAAAGUAAACAAAUAUUCGUUUAUUUUUUGAAGAUAAAUCUAAUAACUAAAUAAUUUAAAAUCCUUAAAAUAAAAUACCAUAAAGCUAGCAAACAGAAAAUAAAAAUAUUUAAAAACUUGUUUCAAGUAAAUUAAGCUAAAAGAUAUUUUUUUAAAUAAAUAAAGAAAGAUAGUCAAGUGAAAAAAAGCUCAGUAAUUUUUCAAACUAAAAUAGUCAAAAUAACACAUUAAGUGAUCUAAAAAAAUAAAAUAGUUAAAUGCAGUUAAAAGAGUAAAAAAAUUUAACAGAUUAAUAAAAAAGCAAAACAGAUUUAAGAUAAGAUUAAUUGGCUUCAAAAAAAAUCUAAAUUAUUGAUUAAAAUAUGUAAUAAAGAACUAAAAAAUAACAAUAAGCAGGAGAAAUUAUUCAAGGAAUAGAUAUUCCUUUUGAUUUAUAUGAGUCAGAGCUGGAAUUUAAAAUUGAAUAAAGUAAGUAUUGUAAAAGUAUUAAUGUAAUAAUUAAUAAUGUAAGUAAACAUGAGCUCUUGAGCUGUUUAAAUUUAAAUACCAACAAAGAAGUUAACUAAACAGAAUAUGAAAUCAUAAAAUUAAUCAUUCAAAAAAUAGGUCCUUAUCCUUUAUUUUAUGAAUCAAGAAGAAUAUCUUUUUCUUUUCUCUUAGAUUUAGCAGAUAUAAUUGAAGGGUAGUCAAUUUUUAAUCUCCACAAUCAAGAUAAUCUUACUCAAUGA